AUUUUAAAUCCACGAGGGAGGUACAUCUAAUUUCGACAAACUAGAUGGGAGAAGUGAGAUACUACUUUGUUGAAUCAAAUAUGUCGGGAAGAGGAGAAGAUAGCGAUUCUGAUGCCCCUGAAGAACUAACCACCUUACAGGGAAUUCAAAAUCAUGAGGACCUUAGAAAAGUUGAAAGAGAAAAUAAGGCUAGAGUUGUUCGAGAAGGGAAGGAACGUCGUAGACAAUGGGCUCAAAAGUUAACUCCACGGCCUACACAAAAUGAUGAAAGCAUUGAAGACACAAAAGAACCUGAGAAUGCCCAGGACUCAAAAGACAAUAGAGGAAUGCUACCUGAUGAGAUUGUGAGAAUCCUUGCAGCUCGUGAGAAGAAAGUUUUCUCAUCAGACUCAGAGGAAGAACAUGAGAAGAAACCCACCUCUAAAAAGAAAAGAUCCAAAAGCUCGGGGUCUGGACCAGUUAUUUUGAAGGAUCUACCGCCUCCUCCGUGCUUAGAUAACUCGCUGGAAUUCUUAAAGAAACGCAAGAUGCAGGUGUCAAGAUCAUCAGCCGUUUUAAACAAUUCUAGUCAAGCAUUACGGCUUCUAUCUACAUCUGGCUUGCUACGUAACAAAUGAUGGCCUAUGAUUUUGAAGAUUUUAUCUCAGGAUGAUGCUAAUGUUGUAUUGCUUGCUUUAAUGAGAAAUAUGCUUUGGUAAAGAUGUUAAACAGCGAGUCUGUUUUGGACACCGGAUGGGUCAAGCCAAAAAGAGGAUUUUAAACGAUGUAACAACUUUUUGAUGGUAUAUUGCAAUUUUGUUGACAA